GAGCGGCGCGUGGAGCCGGUGGCGCUGGCGGGCGGCGGGGGCGAUGGGCAGGGGUCCUGGGGUGGCGGCCGCGCUGUUCUACGGGGCGGUGGCGGCGCUGGUGCUGCUGGGGGUGCGGGACGUGCUGUUCCUGUACGAGGAGAACCGGUGCAGCAUGACCUACAUGUACGAGUACCCCGAGUACCUGAAAAUAAAACUACCUAAGAAAAUAUCCAGACGUUUUCCAGCCUAUGAGCUCUAUCUCUAUGGGGAAGGGAAUUAUGCUGAAGAAAACAAAAAUCUGAUAUUGACAGGGAUUCCAGUUCUCUUCCUUCCUGGGAAUGCCGGGAGUUACAAACAAGUACGUUCUCUUGGCUCUAUAGCACUUAGAAAAGCAGAAGACAUUGACUUCAAGUACCAUUUCAAUUUCUUCACUGUCAAUUUUAAUGAGGAGCUGGUUGCACUAUAUGGUGGUAGUCUGCAAAGACAAACCAGAUUUGUGCAUGAGUGCAUUAAAGUAAUUCUUAAGCUGUACAAGGAUCAAGAAUUUGCUCCAAGCAGUGUUGCAAUAGUAGGUCAUUCCAUGGGUGGUCUUGUUGCAAGAGCAUUGCUCACUCUAAAGAAUUUUAAGCCUGAAUUCAUAAACCUCCUCAUUACACAAGCCACACCUCAUGUUGCACCUGUAAUGCCUUUAGACAAAUAUCUUACUGAUUUUUAUACAGCUGUAAACAAUCAUUGGAUUUUAAAAGCCCAAGAUGUAAGAAAUCUAACUACACUUUCUGUGGCGGGAGGAUUCCGAGAUUACCAAGUUCGUUCAGGACUCGCUUUUCUACCCAGAUUAAGUCAACAUAGCCGUGCCUUAUUUGUUGUGAGCUCAGCAGUGCCUAGAACUUGGGCCUCAACAGAUCACCUCUCUAUAGUAUGGUGUAAAGAAUUGAUCUUGGCAACCAUUAGGGCACUUUUUGAUCUUAUUGAUGAAACCACCAAACAGAUCACUGAGGAUCCAAAGAAGAGAAUGUUAGUAUUGAAUCAUCACUUUGUGAGGCACCCAGCAAAGUUCUUUGAGGAAAAUCCUGAAACACUUACUGAACUUAAAGGAACUUUGAUUUGGAUGAAAAUCAAAUCCUCAAAAUGGACCUAUACAGUUUACAAUGAAUCUGAUGGAAAAUAUUUCAUGUUUCCUCUUUCAAACCACAGAAAAACCUACAGUCAUGUCCACUGUCAAAACAGUAUGUUGGAUACAAGUAGCUGGAUUUAUGGCUGUUCAGACAAUAGUUCAUCUAUGUGCCUGGAAGGUUUUGAUUUAUCCUGGAAAGCUGAGUUACUGCCAACUGUUAAGGUUGUAACUCUGAAACUCCAGGAAUAUCCUUCUUUGACCAAUCUUGUAGUUUAUGUUCCAGCUAUUAAUGGCAAUAAGUUUACUUUGGACUGUGAAUUCUUUAAAGAGGAUUCCCGAACAGUACAACUUCCUGUAACACAUCUUUUUUCUUUUGGGCUUUCUUCAAGCAAAAUUGUAUUAAAUUCAACUGGUUUAAUUUACAAUGUACAGCUCCAACACUUUAGCCAGAUAUACCAAGCUUUUAAAAUCUACAUUGAGAGCCACUGCCAACCACACAAAGGAAGAAAAACUAGUGUUUACAGACUCCACAUACCAUGGUCACAUGAAGACUCAAUAACUGUCUCUAAAGUUCCAUCUUUUACUGAGAUUUCUGCAAAACUGCACAUUGCACAACCUGAAAAUGACAGCACUGUUGCAGUAUUAAAUAUUUAUUCAUCUUCAGAUUGUCAAUAUGAAGUAACCAUCAAGACCUCAUUCUCACAAGUUCUUGGGCAAGUAAUAAGGUUUCACAGUGGUUCCCUUCCUGUGUAUGUUAUUUCUAAUAUGCUUCUUGCAUAUGGAGGACAAUUAAGCACCUUAAUUUCAACAGGCCACUGUUCAGAUUUUGUUCUUGCACUGGGUAGAGCAGCCAAACCCUACAAAGUGGACCCUUUUGUGAAUGUUGUUAAAUUUCUAUUGGGGUUUAACUGGUUUAAAGAUAUAUGGGAUGUAUUGUUUUUGCCAGAGUUGGAUGCUGUUUUACUGAAUAAGCAGGAUAUGUGGUUCCCCCUUGUGUCCCUGAUUCUAUUUCUUUUUGGGACAGGAAUUGCCUACUGGGGUGGCAUACUCUUCUCUUCAUCUCUAAGGCUCUUGUCUUCAUUGUGGUUAUCUUUGACAAGACCCUCUGGACUUCCUAAAGACAGCAAGUUGAUGACACCAAGAAGAGCAUUUAUGGCCAUUCUUCUGGUUUUUGUUAGCUGUACCACUUGUGGGGCAUUUGCUAUAUUAAUUAUCUAUCUUCACUACAUAUUCAAGGUUAUCAAGCUACAUUCGAAUGUAAGAAUAGAGCAAAAUGUUCUUAAUAUGGAUCCAAAGCAUUCAAAAGAAACUUCAGAUAAUUCCAAUAAAGAGACAGUAAAGAACUGUGAUUCAGCAGAGACCAUUACAGAAGCAGCAGCAGCAUCACCCACCACCAGUACAGCUAUUGACAAUGUUGUAAACAGUCUUAAGAUACAUGUUACAAUCAUCAAUUUACUCACAUGGAUUGUGCUACUCAGUUUACCAUCUUUAAUUUAUUGGUUUAAAAAUCUCAGGUACAAUAUUAGACUUGAUCCUGAUCCAUGUAGAACUACGGCUAUUAUUCUUGUAUCCACUUUGGGAAUUCUCAUGAAUUCAAGUACUACUAAAGUAAAAUCAAGUAAACUGUCAAAAAUUGCAGCGCAACUUCCUCUUCCUUUGUCUGUAGCUGUGGUGGCCUUUGGACCAAUGCAUUUAUACAGAGUACCAUACUUUGUAAUCUGUUCUCUUCUUCUACAUGUGUUAUGUUGUAUUGUGUAAAUCUUUAGUUUCCCAAAUGAAAUCGGAAAAGCAGUGUGGCCCAGAAAUGGAUGCAGGAAAAAAAGGUCAAGUUGAACAAAGAAAUGUCCAGAUCAAUGUAACCGCUAAUCAACAUCAUUUGGAGAAGAUGACAGAAUUGUGAACAGUUCUUGUGAAGUUUGGGGUGUCUGGGAAAUCUCAGAAACCUGCUUGUGGUGUUAGUCUACUAACUGAAAAAUUGAUAGGAGAAUUGCAAUAUUUCUCUGGACACAAAAAAUCUCUUUUCUUAUUAGCAUAACACUUCAGUGUUCUAGGUUUUAGUAGGCAGACCAUUCUGUAUCCACACUGCAGAUAUUUUGAUAUUUCUGUUGACACUUGGCUUUCAGUUGAAACACAUUUACCCUCCUGUGUGUAUGUAUUGAACCUACAUCUUGUUCUUGGGUUUUAAAAUGUGAUGGUUAAAAUUCACAAAUGAUUGGAAGUGCACUGUAUCACAAAAACGAAAUAGCCAAGAAUACUUUUAAUCAUUUUAUGCCACAGUAACAAGCUGUCACAAUUUUCUUUUCUUGUAUCUAUACAAACUAGAAUGUAUUUUAUCUAUUGAUCUAUUAAUUUCUAACAAAUCAAACAUUUUUAUCAGUGUCUGUGGCACAUUUGUGUGAUUUAUUGAAAGUGUUGGUGGCUUAUAAACUUUAUCUUUUGUAAGAGUGAUAAAAACUAUAUAUAUACUCUGUUGCUUUCUAUUCAGGAAGGAUGUCAUAGAUUCAUACACAAUUUCUGUAAUGUUGUUUUAAAACAUUGACAAAUGCUGAAAAAAAAACGGUGCCAGAAUUUCAGUAAUAGUGGGAAAUACUGACCAUAAUAAUCAGCUCUGUAAAGUAGCAUCUUAUUGCCUCGAUCCUAAAGUGACUGGCAUUAUUAAAAUAUCUAAGGCAGAUAUCUGUAAUGUAUGGGAAAUCUCUUCCUUGGUACUGUAUAAGUGUUUUAAAACAAAACAAA